AAGAUUACGCUGAGCUAAUCAUGCGCCUUUAUUAAAGAGCGGCAGCACUGCUGGGCAUGGCAGGCUUUUCACUGGAGGAAAUCCAAUUGAUAACUCAGAAACAGCCCCACCCAUUUUAAAGCACACAUAAAAUAGCCUGUCAACAACAGCUUGUACAUGCAGUUGGGCCGGACCAUCAGACCCAUCUCUCAGACACAGUCUCUGACACUUUCUGUAUUUUUGAUUCAGGAGGAUAUCACUCGCUUGACCUGCAGAGGUGUGACGAGUUGAAUCUGAGCCUAAAAGCUUGUGUCUGUUGGUCCCGAAAACUGGGAAAAAUGGGAAACGAGCACUCCAAGAACAAAGAGCUAACCCAGAAUCGGAAAAUUCCGGAGAAGCAUGAGAAUGGAUCAGUGAACGGCGUCUCUGUAAAUAUCACGUCGAGUGGACUGGAGAUUGAAGUUAAUCGUGACACUGCAGUCCAGCAAAAUGGAGGGACCCACUCUUCAAACCUUACAGAAUCAACUGAGCCUGACUUUGUGGUGGUCGAAUCAGACUGUGAGCAUGCUGAUACUCCGGUUAUUUCCGAAACCCUGGAAGCCCCCAUCCAGAAGGACGAGGCCAAGAAAAACAAAGAGGAGAAAGUUCACAUUUUUGGCAAAAUGUUCAAAAAGAAGGCCGAACCUCCAGCUGAUGUCAAGAGUGUUCAAGAAAACGAAGAUCGAACGGAUGUAAGUCUCCCUGCCGCUGAUCCACAGCCGGAGUCAGGAGGAGACGAAGCUGCCGCCAAGAUCAUCGCUGAGCACAAAGAGGACUUUGAAUGUCUGCACCAAAAAGCUGAGACGUCAACGCAAACAGACAGGAAAACCGAAGCAGAUAUUUCAACGCAAACCGGUGCAGACGACGAUGAUGAUUAUACGACCACAAAGACUGAGGGCCCAGUGGAGGAGGUGAUCACGAUGGAGACCGCAAGAACCGGAGAAGCUGAGGAAACUGCUGAUGAGACUGCACAUCAGGAACCCUUUGACAACCAGACGGCUGGGAUGAUCAUUGAAGAAAGGGUCAUCAUUGGGAACAAUGAGUAUGAGAAUAUAGUGUUCAGAGCGGAGCAGGUGGAGGUAACCGACAAUUUUGAAGUCAACCACAUCAAAAACUGUGAUCCUGAGGAGGAGAGUGUGAAUGAAACUGAGCCAGAAGCUGCUGCAGAAUCAGAAUCUACCCCGAACAAAGACGUUAUUGAAGGUGAAACGGUUGCGGAGGAAAACAAUGCUGAGGAAACCGUGCCAUUGGAGAUCUCUUCCAGCCUUCCGAAAGUGGUGGCAGAUUGUAUUGAGGUGGUUUUUGCUGAUGUUUCUGAAGACACCGAAGUUGCUGCUGCAAACACACCAGAGCCAGAUGUAGAAGAAGCAAUUACUGAAGACAAUGGUGAAGGAGCCAGAGACAUACCGGCUGAUGCAGAGCUGAUUGAAACCGUUGAACCUGAGUCUAAUGCUGUCGCUCCUGAGGCCGAGGAAAUAAAUGGCGUCUCCUCCCCAGACGAAGAGCCAGUGAACACGGUGAUGGAAACAAUCUUGGAGGUUGUUUGCGAGAAGCCAGAAGCUGCGCCUGAAAACCAACAUGUACCUGCAGAAGAACUGCCCGUCCCUCUUUUGACAGAAAUUCUAGUUAAGGUGGAAUCUGCCCUUGAAGAGGUCACCGCUGAUGAUGCCGUUGCAGUCACGGAUGCACCGGGAAUAAGUGAAGAAUUUAUCACUGUGGAGGUUCCUUCCAACGAGCUUACCACCAUUGAAGAACUUCCUGAAGAGGCUUUAAAUUCUCCUGAAGAUGAAGUCAACCUUGAAUCUAUUCCUGAAGUUAUUACCACAAAUGAGAGUGCUGAGGUUACUGAAGAUCUGAUAGCUGAUGUGGCACCAGAAGCGGUUGCAGAAGAAAACAGUGUUGAGGAAACUGUGCCAUUGGAGAGCUUCUUCGGACUUCCGAAAGUGGUGGCAGAUUGUGUAGAGGCCGUUCUCGCUGCUGUUCCUCCCUUAGACGAAGAGCCAGUGACUACAGUGAUAGAAACUGAGUGUGAGGAGCCGAAUCCUGUACUUGCAAACCAAGGCAUGUCUGCGGAAGAACUUUCUGUCCCUGUUAAAAUGGAAUCUGCACAUGAAGAGGCCACUGCUGAUGAUGCUGUUGCAGUCAAGGAUAUGGGACCAGAAAGAGCUGAGGAAGCAGAACCAAGUCCUGUAACUGUCGAAGACGAUGCUGAGGUGAUACCAGAUGCAGCAAUUGAUGCCCUCUCUCUUGAAUUUGAACUCCGUCCCAUCAGUCCUCCUGAGCCAGCAAUGGAUAAUGGCAUCCCCGCGGAAGAAGAGGUCAUCUCUGCAACAGCUUUUGUGCUUCCUUCAGGAGAACAGGAAGCAAACCUUCCCAUUCCAGAAGAGCCAAGCAAGAGAGCUGCUGAGGAUGAGGAUGAAGAAGCUAUGGAGGCUUUGUCAAAUGAAUGUGAAGCAGUGCCAGAAAGAGUUGAGGAAGACGCCACUGUUCAAGAGUCAUCUACUGGAGGACAAGUCACCGGGGAUGCCAGUUCUGAAGAACCUGUAGAAGAGAGUCCAAACCCAUGUGAUGAAGAUGAAACCACUGAGAUGUUGGAGAACACACUUGAAUCAGUUGUUGAAGCUGUUUUAGAGAAGCUUGAGGUGAUUGAAAACAUAGAGAAACCUGCAGAUGUGCCGCUGAUGGACACCUUAGAAGAGCCUGAGCCUUGUCUUUCAGUCCAAGAGGAACUCAUUGAGGAGGACAUUGCCCCAUCUGUGGUUGCUGCAGAUGAACCAACCGAUUCCAGUCCCGUCGUCUCCGAGGAGGCUGUGGAGAUGGCGAGAAGUCUUGAGACACAAGUGUCGACUGUAAUCCUCGAGGCAACUGAAGACGAGGUUCCAGAUGAGAGAGCACAUGAAACAGGUGAUUGUGGGGAUGUUUUAGCCGUCAUUGACGAGCAGCCCGAAGAUUCUCACAUCGCCGCCUCAGACGAGGCUCCAGCAGAGUGUGUCGAGGCUGUUCUUGAGACCCCUGCAGCAGAAGUCAUUACAGAAGAUGUUGCCACUGAGUGUGAUCUCGUGACUUGUGAGGAGGUAGCACCAGACACAGAGUCAACACAAAGUGCAGAAAUGAUUGUAGAUACCUCUGUCACAACCACAGACAUGGAAGCUUUCCUUGUUAGGCUGCAGUCAGCUUGUACAUCAACUGUUGAAGAAUCAGCAUUUAGGCUUGAGGGUUUAAAGAUGUCCUCAGUGGGAUACAGUAUUACUGUUACCAUUGAUGUGACUCCAAAGGAAGAACAGCAAUAAAUUAUGAAGGACUGAACAUUGUUUUUGUUUCUACAAAUAUUAGUCUACCUCUUUAGGAUAUCAUGUGUUUAAUGAUAUUUGGUAAGAAGCUGGAUUGUAAAAUGAUGUGGUUUUUAAUAACUCAAAGUGCCUGUGCUUGUAUAUAUCAUCAACACAAUAAUCACACUGUAAAGUACUGAAACAUUUUCCAAUAAAAUGAAAA